CAUUCCAUGGAAACCCAACAAAGUGUGACAUCAAAACAAGAAGAGACACUGCCACGUGUAGUGGCCAUGGUGCCAAGCCCUGGCAUGGGACAUCUCAUCCCAAUGGUAGAGUUCGCCAAAAGACUCACGCGCCACCACAACCUGCACGUCAUCUUCCUCAUACCCACCAAUGCUCCUCCCUCAAAGGCCCAAACCACCCUCUUCAGCUCUUUGCCACGUGCCGUUUCGCACGUGUUCCUCCCCCAAGUCUCUCUCUCAGACCUUCCACCCAACACCAAACUCGAAACCUUAAUCUCCCUCACCAUCCUUCGCUCUAUCCCUUCUCUCCGCCACUCCCUCGCCGCCACCCACUAUCCCACCGCUCUCGUUGUCGAUGCCUUCUGCACCGACGCCAUCGACGUCGCUAGAGAACUCAACAUCCCCUCUUACAUCUUUUUCUCCUCUUCGGCCAUGACUUUGUCCUUAGCCUUUUACCUACCCCAACUCGAGCAAGAGGUUCAGUGCGAUUUCAGGGACCUCGCUGAACCGGUCCCCAUCCCCGGCUGCGUGCCGGUUCAAGGAAAAGACUUGAUGGACCCGGUUCAAGUUCGAAACAGCGAUGCCUAUAACUUUUUCCUCCAUCACUGCAAGCGGUUCAGCUUGGCCGAAGGAAUCAUCGAGAACAGCUUCACGGAGCUUGAACCGGAGACUAUCAAGUGGUUGCAAGGGGUUGAUCGGGUUAGACAGCCGGUUUAUUCUGUUGGACCGCUCGUUAAUGAAGACAUUGUUCAAGCAGAGGAACAGUGUUUAUGUUUGAAGUGGUUGGAUGAACAACCACGUGGUAGUGUCUUAUUCGUCUGUUUUGGUAGUGGUGGGACCCUGUCCCGUGCACAAAUGGAAGAACUUGCUUUGGGGUUGGAGAUGAGUGAGCAAAGGUUCUUGUGGGUUGUGAAGAGCCCAAAUGAGAAUAUUGCCAAUGCCUCUUAUUUUUCUGCGGAUACCUACACUGACCCUUAUGAUUUUUUGCCUAAGGGAUUUGCGGAAAGAACCGAAGGGAGGGGUUUGGUGGUGCCAGAUUGGGCCCCACAGGUUCAAGUCCUAAGUCAUGGGUCCACCGGUGGGUUUGUGAGCCAUUGCGGUUGGAACUCAAUCCUUGAGAGUGUGGUGAAUGGGGUGCCCUUAGUGGCUUGGCCACUCUAUGCGGAGCAGAAGAUGAAUGCCGUUUUGGUUACACAAGACACAAAAGUGGCACUGAGACCAAAAGUUGAUGAGAAUGGAUUAGUGGGAAGGGAAGAGAUAGCGAGUGUUGUGAAGAACCUUAUGGAAGGCGAGGAAGGGAAGAAGCUUCGUCAUCGAAUGAAUGAUCUUAAGGUGGCAGCUACAACUACUCUAGGUGAAAAAAAUGGAUCUUCAACCAAGCAAAUGUCCCAGUUGGUUCUCAAGUGGCUGGGCAAAACAACUUUAACAAAUUAA